CCGCGUGGCGGUGUGGGCGGGCCGCGCAGGGCGGGCAGAGGGAAGGGAAAAUGGCGGAGGAGGAGAAGCUGCCCGCGGGGUGGGAGAAGCGAAUGAGCCGCAGCUCCGGCAGGGUGUACUACUUCAACCACCUGACGAACGCCAGCCAGUGGGAGCGGCCGAGCGGCGCGGGGCGGGCGGAGCCGGGCCGGGUGCGCUGCUCCCACCUCCUGGUGAAGCACAACCAGUCCCGGCGACCAUCGAGCUGGAGGCAGGAACGGAUCACCCGCUCCAAGGAGGAGGCGCUGGAGCUGGUCAAUGGUUACAUCCAGAAGAUCAAAUCAGGAGAGGAGGAUUUUGAAUCUUUGGCUUCUCAGUUCAGCGACUGCAGCUCGGCCAAGGCCGGAGGGGACCUGGGAGCGUUCGGGAGAGGGCAGAUGCAGAAGCCGUUCGAGGACGCCUCGUUCGCGCUGCGGGCCGGCGAGAUGAGCGGCCCCGUUUUCACGGAAUCCGGGAUCCACAUCAUCCUCCGCACGGAGUGAAGUGCCUUGGGAGGGCGGGAAUUCCCGGGAAUUCCCUGGGAAUCCGCGGGAAUCUGCGGAGGUCGACGGGAAUCUAUGGAAUCCGCGGGGAAUUCGCGGGAAUCCGUCGGAAUCGAUGGGAAUCUGUUGACUCCACGGGCAGCCGUGGAGAUCUCUGGGAAUUCUCAGGAAUCCACGGGAAUCCGCAGGAGAUCCAUGGGAAUCUGUGGAAAUCCUCAGGAAAUCCAUGAAAUCCACGGGAAUCCGCAGGAGAUCCACGGGAAUCUGUGGAAAUCCUCAGGAAAUCCAUGGAAUCCGCAGAAAUCCUGAGGAAAUCCACGGGAAUCCGUGGAAAUCCUCAGGAAAUCCAUCGGAAUCUAUGGGAAUCCAUGGAAAUUCUCAGGAAUUUGCAGGAAUCCCUGGAAAUCCUCAGGAAAUCCAUGGAAAUCCUCAGGAAUCCACAGGAAAUCCAUGGGAAUCCUCAGGAAAUCCAUGGAAUCCACAGAAAUCCUGAGGAAAUCCACAGGAAUCCGUGGAAAUCCUCAGGAAAUCCAUCGGAAUCUAUGGGAAUCCAUGGAAAUUCUCAGGAAUUUACAGGAAUCCCUGGAAAACCUCAGGAAAUCCAUGGAAAUCCUCAGGAAUCCACAGGAAAUCCACGGGAAUCCUCAGGAAUCCGUGGAAAUCCUCAAGAAAUCCAUGGGAAUUCGCAGGAAUUCGUGGAAUUCCGUGGAAAUGGAUGGGAGUCUAUGGAAAUCCUCAGGCGUUCAUGGGAAUUCACGGAAAUCCUCAGGAAUUGAUGGGAAUCUAUGGAAAUCCUCGGGAAUUCAUGGGAAUCCUCGGGAAUCCACGGGAAAUCCUUGGGAAUCCACGGGAAAUCCAUUGAAUCCGCGGGAAAUCCACGGAAUCUGUGGGAAUCCACAGGAAAUCCUUGGGAAUCCACGGGAAAUCCAUGGAAUCCACGGGAAAUCCAUGGAAUCCACGGGAAAUCCACGGAAU